AAUGUAUACCUAGCACAAGGCGCAAACCACCAGAUUCGUGGUCUGUGGCCUGUGCAAAACACCAAAAAGCAAACCGCCAUGUUCGCUACGCUAAAUACGUAAACGGAAAAGAAAGUGUUUUUUUUUUCUGAUCAUAAGUGUUUUCGUUCAAUGUUUUAAACGGAAUUAGCUUUUUCUUAAGUGUUAUGUUUUGUAAUUACUUUUGUUCUAAAAAUUGAUACAAAGUAUUACCAUGGCUCAGCCUACAGAUUCUCAACGAUCUUUUCGGCUUUAUGUGACCCAUGUGGACGGUGAGGGACCCUUUCUAAAAAUAAGUGGGCAGCUCGAUCAGCAAUCUUCUCUAAUGGUCGAAAGCCUAUUCGAUAUAGCCCGUGAAAACUUAGAAAAGGGUAUCGGAGCGGUGCCCGCGGCAGCUAUCCGCGAAGGUAUAAUCUGUGCCGCCAAAUACAAAGAUGGUACAUACUACAGAGCAAAAAUUAUAAACACUACGAAUCUCGCUACCGGCUUAGUCGGUGUGCACUUUAUCGAUUUUGGCAAUAAAGAUAUUAUUUCAUUAAGUACUAUACGGUACUUGGAGACCUAUGAUCCCAUGUUAUCUCAUUUGCGCGGACAAGCCACUGAUUAUUAUUUGUCAAGUGUUAUGGCUUUUGGGGGGAGGUGGGGCGAGCCCUUGAUACUUAAACUGCAAAGUCUUCUGUGCUAUUCCGAAUACACUGUAACUGUCGACGCUCAGUUACCAAACUCUACCUUUAUAUCCAUUCAAUUUAAAGGAACCGACCUGUCAACUCAUUUAAUCACUAACAAAAUUGGAGCUCAAAUGAAGGUGUCCGACCAGGAAUCAAAGAUGGUGGAAAUGAUUGAGAAACAGCAAAGCAACUGGUCUCCAAACUUGUUGCCUCCUGGUCCACCACGCUUAAUGGAUCAUGUACCUUUUUUAAUGAAUCAGAACUUCCCCAAUCCUGCAUCAGCCAUGCGCUUGAAUCAGAAUGUGGCUUUGCAAUAUAACAGCACCUCUGCUCAAGGAGUGAGCCAAAGAUUGGUAGUGAACAGGUCAUCAAGGACUAUGACGAAACUUAGAGCGCCAGAGCGUCCGCUGCAACACACUCCGGCCAGUGUGGCUCCUCUGCUUGCCACCCCGCCCCUGUCUGACAUCCCUCCGACAAUGCCCGCAGUGAACAAGCCAGUCUCACCAAAGAAAUCUUUAACAUACAAGAGUAGACUCCUCGAAGUGAAUUCACAGCACCAGGUCUUUGUUUCAUUUGCUGAAGAUGGCCCUGAACUGUUUGCUGUCCAACUCACAAGCGAAACAGCAAAGUUUCAGGCAAUGAUGGAUGACAUCAAUAGGAGACCACACAGCAGUCUUGCUGAGCCACCUAUGAUCGGAACAGUUUGCCUUGGCCGAAUGAGAGGUGAUAGAAUCAUUUGUAGAGCAAUAGUCAUGAAUCUAUCUGGAACCAAUUGCAAACUAUUUUUUGUAGACUUUGGGGACACUGAAAUGGUGUCAUACUAUGAUAUAUUUGAUAUACCUGAAGAGUUUGUUAAGCCCCAUAUAUAUGCAAUGCGUUUCUGUCUGUCUGGUGUUAAGAAGUUUAAGAAGAGUGCACAACUCAACCAGACUUUUAAGCAAUUGGUUGGUGGGCAAGUGUUGAUGUUACGUGUCGUCCCACCUGAGGGGCCUCCCUUGAUUCAGUAUGGUGAACUAUUCAUAGACAAUAAGAAUGUUUUUGACUUGCUACUUGCCAAUAUGAAUGAUACACUUCAAUUCAAGUGGAUGGAUAUGCUUCCAUUGGGCAGCAGGCAAUCUGUACUGGUGUCAUAUGUUGAUAGUUGCAUAAAGUUCUACGUGCAACUGUCUGAUAAGAUUGAUGAUUUGAACGCUGUGAUGGAUGCUGUUAAAAGUCACUGUGAGAGCAGUUUGCCCCCUGGGGAGCUACCUGUGGGGGCAGUGUGCUGCGCCAGGUUCCCUGAUGAUGAUAACUGGUACAGAGCAAUAGUGAGGGAGACAAAAGGCAAUAAAGUGGUUGUUGCAUAUGUCGACUAUGGUAAUGAGCAGGAAGUGAACGUGAAAGAUUUAAGGACCAUUACACCAGAUUUGAUACAACUACCUGCACAAGCCAUGAAAUGUGCUUUAAAGGGUUUUGAAAACAGACCUGUCGAGACGAAGACAUCAAACCAACUGGAAAUGAUAGCUUUGGAAAAGACUUUAAUGGCGCAUGUAGUGGGUGUGCUAUCUAAUGACACUAUGAUAGUGACCUUGGUUGAUGACACAGACAACCCACCCCUGGACGUGGCCAGAAAGAUGAACCAACUCUCACAACCGAGGAGUGUGGAGGCAAAAACCACAACAGCACCUUGGAAAGGAGCACCAGAAGCUGUCAGUUCACCAGAAGGCAGUGUCCCAGACGACAGCCGCAAGAAAAGCUUCCGGCGGGAAAAGAGUUUCAAAGAAGACAAGAGAUCCAGGGAUGGCGAGGACUUCGGACAAAGAGGUGGCAGUUUCCGGGGCAGAGAUCAAAAGGAAAACUUCGAAAGGUCAGCGCCGGCCCGCCACAGUGAAAAGUAUGGCGCCAAGCCCGAGCGCGGCGAACGAUACGAAAGACGCGGGCCGCCCAAGCAUCAGGAGAACCACACGGCCGUUUCUCCGGGUGGAGACGACGAGUGGGAGGAGUCGCCCGCGCCCGUCGCAGACCCGCCGACCAGGGACUUCCGACCCCCAAGGGACAACCCUAGGGACAGAAGACCUAGAGGGGACCAUCAAGACAAAAAGGGGGCAUGGAAGAAAGAAGCGGGCGGGGUCGGCAAACGACUUAGACAGGCUGCUGAGGCGGCGUCCUUAGAUGCCCAAAAGCACUCGCAUACCGGUCCCCAGCAUAAGGGCGCAUCCAUACAGGACCGGUUGAAACGUGAAAACAGGUUCGGUCAACAAGAUGACGAUAGCCAAAGCAACGAUAGAGGGAGAAACUUUAGACAAGACAGAGAAAGACCGUUCAGGCCGGACAAUCGGGGAGAGAGACGCGACUGGGGCGACAAAAAGGAAGGCUAUCAAAAGCGAGAAUUCCGGGACAAUAGGUCUGACAGAGGAGACAGAAAUGAAAGAAAUGACAGAGGGGAUAGAAAUGACAGAAACGACAGAGGGGAUAGAAAUGACAGAAACGAUAGAGGAGAUAGAAAUGACAGAAAUGAUAGAGGAGAUAGAAACGAUCGAGGAGAUAGAAAUGACAGAGGCGAUCGUGGAAAUAGAGGUAAUUUUUCAGCCAGGGAUAGGUCAGACAGAUUCGACAGAUCGCAGAAUUCUGAUAGCGACAAGAGGGAGAGAAGCUUCCGAUCCCAAGGCAGUGGCGACAGCUUCGGCCGCGCGCCCCCGUUUAAGAGCCGGGGCAAAUUCACACAAUGCAAGGAACUGUCAGAUCCCCUGCCCUUAGAAACCCCCUUCACAGAGCCGUCAGUAGAAAUAGGAUCCCAACAAGAAGUUUCCGUAACCUGGAUUAUUUCGCCAGAAAACUUUUACACACAAAUUUUAUCACUGCAGCCGAAAUUCCUGGAAAUGAUGCACAAAAUCCCUGAAUUAUACAAGGGAGUUAAACCUUUUAGUGGAAACGUGCCUGUCGGAGCUUCGGUAUUGGCGCGAUAUCCAGCAGAUGGUGUGUUAUAUAGAGCCACUGUGGUAUCGGUGCAGCCUUUCUCCAAGUUCAUCGUUCGUUAUGUGGACUUUGGCAAUAAACAAUUGGUGGACGCUAAGGAUAUAUGGCAAAUGGAUAGAGAACUAAUGGAUCUUCCCAAAAUGGCCGUCCACUGCUCUUUGACCGGUGUAGCUCCAAAAGAAGGUGAAUGGAAGGCAGACCCUGAAUUUGAUCUUUGUUUUAACGCACCACGUUACCAAUGUAUAUUCCAAGAUUGUGUGGAAGAUCAGUACAAGGUGUCUCUAUGGAAUAAUGGCGUGAGCGUGGCUGAUAUGUUGGUCGAAAAACAGUUGGCCAUUAUGUCCGAAAGUCAAUCCGUCACACUAAAGGAUUUACAUUCAUUUACAGAUGAAGCGAUCGAUCUGACGAUCAUUGUGGGACAACAGAUACUUUGUAGAGUGACGCAUGUGGAGUCCUUUGACAAAUUCUUUGUACAAUUGGACUUGGACAAGGCUGAUUUGGUGGAAAGCGCUAUCGCUAACUUUGAUAUUACGAAGUUAACGCCUCUGGGAGCUGACAACCUCACAGAUGGGGUUCACUGCACGGUGAGACAAGAGGGCAAAAUAUACCGCGCCAUACUCAACGAUGUGUCCGACCCGGCCAAUGUGCAAGCCGUGUUGCCGGACUAUGGUAACGUCAUCACCACUUCCAUAGACAAUCUAAUGAUCCUUCCGACUGAACUGAGCGUAUACUACUACCAGUCGUUGCAAUGUUGCCUGAACAACUACACGGAGGAGUCCAAAGCUUUGAUGACCAUCGACGAACUGAAGAGCAAGUUGACUGGAAACAAAUUCAUUAUAUACGUGAAUGAUGUCGAUGAAAUCACGUUGGUGUCUACACUAUACGACCCAGUGAGCGGCCAGAAGAUUGCCAUAUUCGAACCGGACGAGGGGGCAUACGACGAAGUGGUCCAGCUAUGUACGCGAGCCGUGUUCAAUUAUAACUUCGGCAACGCGUACAUCUCGCAUAUAGAGAACCUCAAUGAGUUCUAUCUACAGAAGGCAGCCGAUGGUGACAAAAUAGCUCUGCUGUUAGAAGAAAUGUACAAGUUCUAUGAAGAAGGAACACCUGAGCCUAUCACUGAGGUAGAGGUCGACGCGCUCUGUGCAGCCAAGUCGGCAGACGGCAAUUGGUACAGAGGAACCAUCAUCAGCUCCACCGAAGAACAAGUGACAGUGCAGUUCUCUGAUUAUGGCAACUCUGAAACAGUGGCCAAAGACUCUAUCAGAAAACUUGACCCCAAAUUCUUUGAACCAUGCUGUAUGGCUCUCGUCGCCAGCUUAGGGCUUAUGGCCUUGCAAGAGGAUGCCAUAGCCAAACUGACCGAAUGGACGACCGAGAAGGAAGUCCAAGUCACGCUAGCCUUCGGUUCCGAUGGAUGGUUGGCCAAUCUACAUUUAGAUGGCAUCGAUUUGUCCGUCAAACUAGUCAACGAGAAGCUAGCAGUGCCGCACGCGACCUCCGAAGUUCAAGAAGAUACCAAGCCUGAGGAAGCUCCCGUCGAGGAACCUAUAUCGUUGCCGGAUGGCUGCUCCCAAGUUUACGUAAGCCACAUCGAUAGUCCUGGACAGUUCUGGCUCCAAAUGCUGGAUAAGGUCGAUAAAAUCGACGAGAUCCAGACGGAACUGCAAAAGAAUGCAGAGAGCUACGCCGAUAUCGACACGCGUGAAAUAGGAACUCAAUGCGUCGCGAAAUACUCCGUCGACGACCAGUGGUAUCGCGCUGAGAUACUGGAUUCCGACUCCGAUAUCACAACGAUUCGUUUCAUAGACUAUGGAAACACGGAUGUUUUAGACAAUCAGCCCGGAUUGAUAAAAGUCAUUCCAGACCAUCUGAAGGAUGUUGAACGAUAUGCAAUCAAAGCCAGCGUGAAUGCAAUACCGACCGGAACAGGGCAGUGGUCUGAACCGGCCUCUGAUUACUUCACACAACUCGUCGGUGACCUUACGGCGCCUGUGGACGCGUUAGUCGUCCUCAAAGACGUGACGACAUAUGUGGACAUUUUUGUAAAUGGACAGAAUUUAACAGACAAAUUGGUAUCGGAGGGACACGCUACGAGAUCGGAGGAGAGCGAGUGUGGAAACUAUCCGUCCUGUUUCGCCAGCCACGUCAACUCUCCCUCCGAGUUUUGGAUUCAGCUCGAGAGUGCCGCCCCGGAGCUACAGUCGAUGGAGGCUGCGAUGGUCGAUGCUGAAAACUUCCCUGAACUGACUGCGAAGGAGGAGGGCGUGCUUUGCGCGGCCAAGUAUCCCGAAGACGGCGCGUGGUACAGGGCCCAAGUCAUCGUCGACGGCUCCGAGGGCACGGAAGUCCUUUUCAUGGAUUACGGAAACGCCUCGAUCGUCAGCGAAUUGCGCAGCCUUCCGGAAGAACUCCAAGCUAAACCAGCCCUUUCGAGAAAGUGUGCCCUGCAGAAACCUCCCCACGUCAAGGCUUGGUCGCGAAAAUCCGAAGUCAAAUUCAACGAGUUGGCUGCAGAGGGAGCUACGAUAUUUAACGUUCAGUUUGUUGCGGCUGGAGACAUAUCUAUCGUGGACCUCUUCCUCGAAGGAAAAUCGGUUUCUGACGAGUUGGCCGCUCUCUGCGAGGAACAUCCUCCCUCCGAGAGACCGACGCCUGUCGGCCAAGACUUACACAGCAGUGGAAAGAUUUGUUUCGUUAAUUCUUUGGAAGAAUUUUACGUCCAACUCGAUGAUUCAUCGGCGAAUCUGGAUAAAGUGACAGAAAGUUUAACGAAUGCUGAAAAUUUCGAAGCUAUCGGGGAACUGAAGGUGGGUUCUAUUUGUGCCGCCUUCUGGUCUGAUGACGAGAAAUGGUACAGAGGUAAAAUAUUAGAAUUUUGCGAUGUCGGCUAUCACGUUCAAUUUAUAGACUAUGGCAACAAAGCCAAGUGCGAGGACUUUAGGCAGCUGCCCGAAGAUUUAGCGUGUAUCGAACCCCUAGCCAAGUGUUGUCGCCUGUCAGGCUUCGCGAGUGACGCAAAUGAAUCAGCAAAAUCCAAACUAGAAGAUUUAGAAGCAGAACUUGUUACAUUCCAAAUAGAAUUUUUAGAUAGCUUAAAAGAGCCUUCACUAGUUAGGUUAUUUCUUAAUGGUACAGAUAUAAGUUGCAUAUUACAGUCGGAUUCACCAGCACCAAACACGGAAAAUGAUAGUAUAGUUGAACAAAAAGAACAAGUCGAUGAAAUUUUUGCUGACCAGAAAGAACAGAUAGAUGGUGUAGUUGAAGAAAAAGAACAUGUUAAAAAAAUCGUAACUCAACAGUUAGAUCAACUUGUGGACAGUGCAGUUGAGCAGAUAGAACAAGUUAAGGAAAGAAUAGUUGAACAGAAAGAACAAAUUACGGAAAGCAUGGUUGAAGAGAAGGAACCGGUUAAGGAAAGCAUAAUUGGACAGAAAGAACACGUUACGGAAAGCAUGGUCGAAGAGAAAGAACCGGUUAAAGAAAGCAAAGUUCAACAGAAAGAACAAGUUACGGAAAGCAUAGUUGAAGAGAAAGAACAAGUUAAGGAAAGCAUAGUUGGAGAGAAAGAACAAGUUAAGGAAAGCAUAGUUGAAGAGAAAGAAAAAGUUAAGGAAAGCACAGUUGAAGAGAAAGAAAAAGUCAAGGAAAACGAAGUUGAACAGGAAGGAGUUAAGGAAAACAUAGUUGAACAGAAAGAGGAAGUUAAAAAAUUCAUAACUGAACAUAUAGACCAACUGGUGGAAAAUGUUGUUAAACAAAAAGAACAAGUUACUGAAAAACAGCCAGUUGAUGAAGAAAACACUGAUGCUUUCCAUGACGCGGAAAAUGAAAAUGACAUCGGAGAUGCGAAUGAUUUGAAUUCGUCACUGCCGGAUUUAAACGAAAGCCUAGGAAGUACUAAUACUGUCAUAGAAAAAACAUUUGAGGAAAAAGACGUCUCAAUAAACGAUGCUACGUCAGAAGAAACCUCAACAACUCUCGAUGCGAAGCAAAUAUUGACAGCGGACAAAGAGGUCCCUGUCACACCCCUCGAGAAGAGUAAAACAGAUACACCAGAGAAAGAAUAAGUUGAUUAUUUAUUUAACUUUAACAUUUUUCCAAUUACGCCAGUAUCUGCAAACCAGGAACACGAGAUCUUCUGAAGGGGCAAAGCAAAAAGACCUCUCAACUGAAUCUAACUUUUCUUUUAAGUGAACAGUUAAAAGUUUACGUGAUUCACUGAAAAUGGCAAAACUAAAGUCAAGAGAAUCAUUAAAUACAGAUACGGGCUUUGUCACUCUAAGCAAUAAUAAAAAUUUCUUUCGUGCGUUAAUACGUGACUAGUGUUGCCUGUGAAACAUACAGACGCUCACGACGAAAAAGGUUAUAGCCUUGCCUUAACCGGUAUUAUUAUCUAAUAACUUUAUUUUUUUACUUGUGAUACUUUUUUUAUUGUUGAAUUAUUUCAUAGCUACUUGACUAUUAAUGCAAGUUAUUGAAAUGUUACAUCUGGCUGGAUUUCAGCUGUACCUAAUAAUAGUGUUUUGUGUUGAGUCGUAUUAGUUAAUACUCAAACCGUAUGUGUUAAGAAUUUACUACCCAUGUUAUUAAUGCGAAAGUGUGUUUUUUGCAAAGACCUAGAGAGUGACUUACAUCUGUAUUUCAAAGUCAUUAGUAUAAGGUCUCAAGGUGCUCUCGAACGCACAGUCUAGGUUCUCCCAAUCAGAUUAAUGUGUCACGUCAAUUUUCAGUAAUGUGAUUGGUGGAAUUCACACUGCAUUCGAACGCCCUCCGAGACCUGAUAGAAAUAACUGUGAAUUCGGAUGAUAAGCUUCAUUUCAUUUCGAAAAAUCAAAGAGUUUCCACAGGAUUUUCAAAAACUUAUAUCGACGCGGACGACGUCGCGGGCAUAUGCUAGUACUUUAUGAUUUGAAAUAUAAGAGUUUAUAGAGCAAUAAGAUUACAGAAUGUAUAAUAAUUACUUUGUCUCUGCACUGAGUGCAGUAUUACAGUGCAGCGCCUAGCUAAUUAAGGUUUCUGUUAAUAUUGGUAAUGGAGUAGUUUUCAAAAUUCAGGCAUUCAUAUGCACAAAUUGAGUCAAAAGUAAGUGAUCGAAUUUAGUAAGACUAUUUCUGUUCAAAAGACAAGAUAUAAAUGAUGCUGUAAUGUUAUAAUUAUUAUAGUAAGGCAUCAAAGUUGUAAAAAUGUUACUUUUGUUUUAUGCUCCACAUUAUAUAUGUAUAAAAGGGUGCAUAUCGAUUACGCUAUAAUAUAGGUGUAAAGCGUAUUUUCUGUAUGGCCACGUUCACAAUUCGUUCUACUUACGAAUAUUAUUGGUUUGCUGUACUACUAUCGUACAAAUUGAGCCAUUUUCAGUACUGCUAUACACAGUGUUAUUAAAUUUUGAGAGCGCUCAGUAAGGCGAAAAUUUAAACUUUAGAGACAAGGCGACAACUUACUUUAGGCGAUUCAAAGCUAACUUCAAUAGAUAUCGACUGUCGUUCGCCGCGCAUCUUCAGAUUUUACUGUAUGACCCCGGCUGAGAGGCUCUUUAGCGUUAAAGUUUUAUUAAGUUAUAAUCAGUAUUUUUAGAACAAAAGUGAAUAGGCAACUAGGCAAACGAGUCCCAUCUUAGGCCACAUCAUCACUUCCCAUCAGUUGUGAACGUGCACCUAUAGUUUCUUUCUUUCUUUCUAAAGAAACCAAACCUCUGAAUUAAAAAGAGCUAGACUUACAAGUAUAAGUAUCUUCCGAAUAAUUUCAUUCUACUCCCAUGGUACAAUGGGACUACACAAAUCUAUUGUGUGAGGUGAAGAACUCCGCCCAGACACUCCGUUAUGGAACACAUUCAACUGAGCCCUACUAUUAUAGCAAGUUUGCUUGUUUGUCUUGCGAUAGCAUUACAUAGUAUACUGUGAACGCCAUGCAUAAGACGAAAUUAUUGAUACCAUAACAAUAUCAUAGCGUAAUCUAAAUGCACCCUUAACACAAAAAAAUUAAAACUUUAUAUUUUGUUGUUAACUUGGUUUAAAAUAUGCUCUUAACGAUUUAGAAAUAAGAAAAAAUCUUCUGUUUUUUUUUAAAUUGUAAAAUUCACAAGCCGAAAAUGCUAAAAUGUUAAUUCGGUUAAAAAUAAAGCUUGUGUAUACAUA